AUGGAACACCAAGAUUUGCCAUACAUUGAAUAUGCUCCUCCUCUCGAGGAUCAUCAAGCUUCCAGAAAUUCAUCCAAUGAUUACAUGAGGGUUUGGAAAGAGACUAAGCGUAAUCUAUACCUCCAUGAAUUUUUGGAUAGGAAAGCGUCAAAGCGGGUUUGCAUCUCUUGCAAGAAGGAGGCAAAUUGGCGAUGUCUCGAUUGCUUUGCUGGCACAGCAUAUUGUGCAGAAUGUUGCCGAAGAUCCCACUGCAGGGACCCUUUCCACCGGAUUGAACAUUGGACUGGCACCUUUUAUGAGCCGAGCUGGCUGUGGAAAGUGGGUUUGGUUAUCCGACUUGGUCACGAAGGUGAUCGGUGCCCAAAUGGAAGCAGCAACUUGAGUGCCGACCUUGACAUUGACGAGGAGGAAUGGUUUGACAUGGAAGAUCUUACCAGCACUUUGGCCGAUCCCAAACCAACGGACCGUAUUUACAAUGGUGGCCGGGUGAUGACCAUCGUCCAUACUUCCGGUGUGCAUCACCUGCCUAUCGUCUUCUGUGGAUGUUCUGGUGCAGCAGCCAAGGACAUACAGUUGUUCCGGGUUGGGUUGUACCCAUCCACCUACAAGUCUUGCCAGACCGUAUUUACCUUCCAACUCCUUGAUGACUACCUGCUGGAAAACCUGGAAUGUAAAACAUCAGCCACCCACUACUACUCCAAAUUGAGAAGGAUCACCAACUUUGCAUUUCCGAAUUCCAUUCCGAACCGGUAUCAUGAGUUAAUAAGGGUUGGUAGACAAUACCGUAAUCUUACUGAACUGGCUACUUUUGGAUUUGGACACAAAGGUAAGGCUCCAAUGCCAGGGGAGAUGGGUUUUUUUUGCCCUACCUGCCCACAACCAGGAGUCAACCUUCCUGAUGACUGGAACAAAAACCCCAAUGAUCCUGAUAACUGGAAGUAUACCAGAGGAUUUGUAGCUGAUGGCAAUUUCACAGCAGCCCACCAAAAACAGGCACAGCCCAAAGGCAAUGUUUGGCUUAAAAAUGGGGAUAGUUUCAUGACGCAAAGAGGACCUUAUUUGAGCCACCUUCGGGACGCAAUUGAAGAUAAUGAUCUGAGGACAUGUCAUGAGCACAAUGCCGUCAACAACAAGAAUGUAUUUCACCGAGGUUUUGAUGCAACUGGAAUUGGAGCCAUUGCUUGCCUUCGACAUGGCACCUUUUGUCUGGGCUCGGUGGUAGAUUUUCAAAAGGGAGAACGGCAAAUGAACAUGGACUAUGCCUUGUGCCAGGCUCUGAAGAAUACCAUGAUCGGUGAAGAAAAAAGGGUUAUAUUUGUCCAUGACAUCAACUGCCAGUAUAUGGUGAAUUUGAUGGCUCGGAUAAAACGUGGUGCCAAACACCUCUGGAUCAGACCGGACUUGUUAUUGGUAGCCAGGAUCGGCUUAUUCCAUGUCCAUGGCCACCAAGAAAUAUGUUUUCCUCGAUUUGCCCCAACAUUCAUCCCCAGGGCUGGUCAAACAGAUGGAGAGAUAUUGGAGACUUUGUGGGCUGUUCUCAACGAGGUUGGCCGCACCACCCGGACAAUGACUUUGGCCCAUAGAUCGGAGGUAUUGGAUGCUCACAUGCUGGAUAACAACUGGAAAAAAAUGAUCAAUAUGGUGAGUAGCCUUUGCAAGAAGUGGAAGCGAGCAAAACUCAGGCUCUCUGAGAGCUUCCAGGCUCUUGAAGAAUUAAGUGCCUUGGCAAGUAAGGAACAGAUUCAAGAAUGGGAGCAACAGAUCAAAACGGCAAAUUUGAACUGGGCAAAGGACCUUUCCGCCAUGGACAUCUAUUACGUCAAGGUCAAGGAAGCCGAGACCGAAAAGGGCAUUUGGCUAAAACUUAUGACUAAAGAACAGGAAGGCAAGGUCAAGCCGGGGUUAACUGGAUGGGUAAACAGUGGUAUCAAAAUUCAGGAAGAUAUUGUGGAUGAUGAUGACUGGAGUGAUUGUGAUGAAGAGGAAACCCCAGCACCGAGCAUACCCAGUUUGCCUGAUCAGGGAUAUGGAUUGGCUGAACAUCAACAAAUCCUCAUACCUUCCCCAUUUCAAGCAGCCCUCCUCCCUACAUCACUGGGAGAAGCCCGGUGCGUAGAGAUAGAAUUGAGAGUGGCCCAGGCAAAUAACGCUCUGAAGCAUUUAUGGGAAGCCAUCGGUUACAAGUCAUUCCUUUAUCGGAAGAGAAUUCGAGCUGAGAAAUCGAAGAAACAUGUGACUCGGGCUUACGAUGCUGUACAAGGAUCAGAUCGCAAUAUGAAAAGUGCUCUCUGGGCAUACAACCAAGCUCGAUGGGCUCUCAAUCAGCUGAAUGCUCCUAGGGGCACUCGUGACUGA